UCAGGUGAAAGGAGGUUGAGGUGGAAAAUACGAGAUGCUCGGGAAGGAGAGUCUGAGGAUUCCGUCAUUUCAUCAUUUCGAGUUAAAUUAAAACGUAGAGAGAAUAUAAUCAAAGAUUAAUCUCGCCGCCACUGAUUACGACACACGGUGAUCGGCAGCCUUCGACAGAGCGGCUGUGCAUCGCGAGGCGCGAAUAUGAUGCGCGCGCUGCUGUCCAGCCAUCGCUCCGUCUCGAGCUUGCGAUGCUUUUGUCACACAGACUGAGGGGAAAUCAAGCGCAACAGUUACCCGUUAUUCUUGAUCCUUGACCGGACUAGAAUCCAGAAGAAUCGCUACUGGGAUAAGGUGAUAACCUCUGUAAGAUACGAAAGGGAACGGACGCCUCUUUUGGGGAUGCUCUUUUGUACUGAACGUCGCCACCAUAGAAACGUGGUGGCACUCGCCGCUGAUGGGGUGAACUAGGUUACGGAGAGGUCCUGACGGUGGACCGCAGCGCUAUUUUUCAUCCUGGACUGUGUGUGCCGUCAUAAUACAUGUUAGUGAAAAAUGCAAGGCGUGACUGUGACGGGAGAAGCGCCCACAUUGAAUGGGGGCGGAAGGGAGGAGCAGCGUCCCCUCAAGCAGUCCCUGAGUGGCUCACUGUGCAGAGAGUCCCACUGGAAGUGCCUGCUGCUUACCUUGCUCAUGUACGGCUGCUUUGGCACGCUAGGCUGGUGCUCCCUAUACCGCAUCACCGUAAUUACUUUUGAUGACCAAGCCUACUUCUACAAAGGCAAUGCACGACUCUACCACGACAGCCCGUGUUCCAACGGCUACGUCUAUAUACCUGUAGCCUUCCUGGCCAUGCUGUACAUCGUCUACUUGGUGGAGUGCUGGCACUGCUAUUCUAAAACAGCUAACCUUGCUAAGGUGGAAAUCAGUGAGGUGUAUGACAGGAUACAGCGGUUGCAACAAGCCACACCCUGCAUCUGGUGGAAGGCCAUCAGCUACCAUUACGUACGACGUACCAGACAGGUGACUCGCUACCGAAACGGAGACGCCUAUACGACUACACAGGUGUACCAUGAACGGGUCAACACGCACACAGCGAGCGCCGAGUUUGAUUACUCACAUCUCGGUGUCAAAGACGUUUCGAAAGAGCUGCAGGGCCUGUUGGAACAUCCUGUCACUCGCUUGCGCUUCACCAAGUGCUUCAGCUUCGCCAGCGCCCGCGCCGAGACCGCCUACCUCACGCAGCGAGCACGCUUCUUUGGGGACAAUGAGGGCCUGGACGACUAUAUGGAAGCACGGGAGGGCAUGCACCUUAAAAAUGUCGACUUCCGGGAACACAUGCUGGCCUUCCCCAACCCAUUGCGACCGCCCUGGUACACCAGACGCUGGGUGUACUGGCUGGCCUCGGCUUUCCUGCUAUCAUGGCCUCUUCGUGUGAUUGCAGAGUACCGUACUGCAUACGUCCACUACCAUGUCGAGAAACUGUUCGGAGAGAACGAGGAUGCAAAUGACAAUGAUAAUACGGAGGCGGGAAAUUACGGUAUGGGCUUCGAGCAUGGCACUGGGGGUCCCACUCUGCGCGUCAUAUCGCGGGUCAACACGGUGGAUAUGACCGAACUUGAAUGGCACAUUCGCUGUAACCAGCAGAUGGUGCCUAGCUACUCCGAGGCCUUGCUUAUGGAUUUGGAUAUGAAUACCAACACACCGUUAUCAGUUGCAAUGGCUGCACGUGUGCGACGCAAUUCUAGCUACUUCCUUCAGAGCUGCCCCAGGUGCCGGCGCUCAACAAGCAGCUCUUCGCUCCCUUCCUGGUUUAGAGGGAAUAUGGCUGCGGGGACAAACUCAUUCCCCAUUAGACCUGGUGGUAGGCUUUCUCUUAGUCGCAGCGGUUUCUCUCUUGGCCGGUUGCAUACCGCAAGAAGCCGCCAUCCCUGCCUGUUUCACUCGAGAAGCCUCGGAGGUGGUAUGGGCAGCCGUGUAGAAGAGGGUGGUGGGGGUUUUCUUGGUCUUGGGUUUAGAGUGCCAGAUGAGGAGAGGAGGGGUGUAUUAGAGAGUGAGGGGCUAGAAGACGACGACGUAGAGGAGACAGGGCAGGAACAAGUGGAGGAGAGAGAGAACGGAGAGGCCAGGGAGGAUGAGAGAGACAGGCCACCCACUUACCAAGAUGCUCUUUACUUUCCGGUGUUAAUCAUUCACGGGGAAGAGAGCUGUCAUGGGGGGCAUGGCAUUGACACGGGUUAAAAGAACCAAUAUGAUGUAAAGAAUGAUUGAAGUGGCUUUUGAAAAGUAGAGGCAGAUUGACAUCUGGGUGCAGAUGGGAGACAGGGAGACCGAGAAGUCGAGGAAGAGCAGGGAAUUUUGACCAGAACCAGGAUAGAAAAGUUGAAGAGACUGAUCUCUGUCUCUGUGUAACACUGAAAAACAAUUUGUUCAUGAAUGUGUAGAAUGUUGUAGGGAUUGAAAUGAAAAUAAUAUACAUCGGUCAUGUCAUAUCCAAGUCGACUCACUUGAUACGAGCUGACCCUAAAUAUAUAUAUAUAUAUAUGUAGUACAUACCUAGUAGAACAUACUGAUAGGCAUGGAACAUCAGUGUCCUAUAUCGAUCUUAAUGUCCUAUUAUUGAAAUCUCUGGCAUAUCAUGUCCAUAACAAACUAAAAGAUCAGCGUGUCCUCCUUUUGACCAUGGAAGUAAUGUACUAUACAUGAAAAGCUUGGCGUCUGCAACCUGCUUUUAACAUUGCGAAGCAGUUUUUGCGACUCCACAUUAACGUGAAAAAGCCCAUGCUGGUGUAGUUUUGUAAAUCCAUGCGUCGACAACAUACAAGUAGCUUACGGAAAAAGGGACUGAGAUGUGAACUGCAUUUACUGAAGUUCUAAAUAGAGAUUAGAAAGAAACAAGAAUAAAAAUUCUACUAAGGUAGAGCUGAUGAAAAAAACAAAAACAAAUGGUCCUCAGGG